AUGACCCUGGUGGAAGUGACCACUGAGGACCUUGUUGAACAGGAUGUGGCCGUGGAGACAAAUGGGGAGAGAAACGAAGAGGAACAUCGUCACACCAGGCGUCAUCGGAGGUACCAGCCCCCAGAUCCACUCAACUCAUUUCAGCAGAGGCUCCUCCAAGCCGUCGAGAGGGAUGCAGCCCAACCUGAUGCUCACAGGGAGGAGGAUGAAGAGACCCUCGUUGCCAUGCCAACCCUGAAGAGGCUGCCUCAGCCAAGAAAAGCAGCAGUCAAGGUUCAAAUUCAUCAGCUGCUUUUCGAAGCCGAGUUCAAGGGUACGUUUUUUCCCCCACAACACAGGUAGUGUUAUAAGUAUUGCGACAGUUAAGUAAAGUAGGUCAUUUUUGCAGUAUACUCAUGUAGGCUAAUUGGUAUUUCAGAUCAAUGGAUUAAUAUGAGGAAAAUGUAUAGCUGUUGUUUCUGGAUUAGAAAAUACCCUGAAACAACAGUUUGCUGUCUAAAUAUUUGCCUGUCAUAUUCAUCCUUUGAUCUGAAAUACAAUUUCCAUGAGUAAACAGCAAGUAUUACCAACUUUACCACACUGUUCCAAUAUUUAUGCCACUAUCUACACUAUACAAGCAGUAUUUAGUUAACAUAAAUCUCACCUUCUAUGGUGUUAUAUUAUGUAAUAAGAUGUAGAUGGAGUCAAAUUAGCCGACCAGCUCACAGGAAGGACAGGAAGAGGAGAAGAGUUGUUGUUUUGA